AUGUUGGAAUUAUUUUAUGAAAGCAACGAAUUUUUUCAGAUGAAAGAUCUUGAAAAAAUUGCUCCAAAAAAGAAAGGAAUUGUUCCGCAAUCGGUGAAAGGGAUAACACAACUGUUGGUUGAUGAAGGUUUGGUUGAGUGCGAAAAGAUUGGUACUUUUGUUUGCUAUUGGGCAUUUCCAUCACAAGCAGUGAUUACACGCAAAAAGCAAUUGCAAGAAUUAGAUGAAAAGAUUUAUAAUUUGGAGACAAAAUUGCAAGAAUUGAAAACUGAUGUUGCAGUAGCAAAAAAUGGAAAGGAAGCAACUGCAGAGCGAGAAAAAUUACAGUUGCAAAUUAAUGAAUUGCAAACGAAGCAUGAAACAUUAAUGAAAAAAUUGGAAAAACUAAGUGAGGAAGGCCCUGAAGCUAUUGCACGACUUGAAAAUGAGACAGCUAAAAUUCGUGAUAAAGCAAAUCGUUGGACUGAUAACAUAUUUGCGGCAAAAAAAUGGUGUAAAAAGAAGUUUAAUAUAGAAGAAAAAGUAUUGAAUGCGCAAUUUGAAAUACCGUCAGAACUUGAUUAUUUGGAUUGA